UGAUUGGCUGCGCUGGCCUCGGCCCACCGUGUUGCGCGUGUCAGCUGAGGCGUGCGCUUGCGCAGUUAGCGCAGUGGUGGUUAAAGUGUGCGCGUUGCGGGACUCCGUGGUCCUGGUUCAGUCAUGACGGAGGGCACCUGCUUGCGGCGUCGCGGGGGACCCUACAAGACUGAGCCAGCAACGGAUCUCAGCCGCUGGCGGCUCCACAGUGAGCUGGGGCGCCAGACGUGGACGUACCUCCCCGAAGGCGAGGAGCCGGAGCGCGCGCAGAGCGGCCUGGAAGCUCACUCGCUGGGGUUGAAUACAAAGAGUUACUUUAAAGACCUGCCCAAAGCUCACACAGCCCACGAAGGGGCUCUGAACGGUAUAACAUUUUAUGCGGGGCUGCAGGCUGAGGAUGGACACUGGACUGGUGAUUAUGGUGGCCCACUCUUUCUACUGCCAGGCCUUCUGAUCACAUGCCACAUAACACACAUUCCUCUGCCGGCUGGAUACAGAGAGGAGAUGGUGCGGUACCUGUUGUCAGUGCAGCUCCCUGAUGGUGGCUGGGGCCUGCACAUUGAGGACAAAUCUACAGUUUUUGGGACUGCACUCAACUAUGUGGCUCUCAGAAUCCUGGGUGUUGGUCCUGAUGAUCCAAACCUGGUACGCGCCCGGAACCUCCUUCACAAAAAAGGUGGUGCUGUGGCCAUUGCCUCCUGGGGAAAGUUCUGGCUGGCCAUCAUGAAUGUUUACAGCUGGGAAGGCCUCCACACCCUGUUUCCUGAGAUGUGGCUGUUUCCUUCCUGGGUGCCUGCACACCCCUCCACUCUCUGGUGCCACUGCCGGCAGGUCUACCUGCCCAUGAGCUACUGCUAUGCCACUCGGCUGACUGCCUCAGAGGACCCGCUGGUCCAGAGCCUCCGUCAGGAGCUUUACGUGGAGGACUAUGACAGCAUCGACUGGCCAGCACAGAGAAACAACGUGUCUCCUGAAGAUGUGUACACACCACACAGCUGGUUGCUGCGUACAGUGUAUGCAUUCCUCAACCUGUAUGAGCGCUUCCACAGCACCUACCUGCGGCACAGGGCCAUCCAGGUGCUGUACGAGCACAUCGCUGCCGAUGACCGCUUCUCCAAGAACAUCAGCAUUGGCCCGAUAUCGAAAACCAUCAACAUGCUUGUGCGCUGGGCUGUGGACGGGCCGUCCUCCUUUGCAUUCCAGGAGCACGUCUUCAGGAUCCCUGAUUACCUCUGGUUGGGCCUUGAUGGUAUGAAAAUGCAGGGCACCAAUGGCUCACAAUUAUGGGACACCGCCUUUGCUAUCCAGGCUCUGCUGGAGGCAGGUGCACAUCACAGACCCGAGUUCUUAUCCUGCCUGCAGAGGGCACAUGCAUUCAUGCGGCUCUCACAGGUCCCAGACAACCCUCCAAACUAUCAGAAGUACUACCGACAGCUGAGUAAGGGCGGCUUCCCCUUCAGUACCCUGGACUGUGGCUGGAUCGUGGCUGACUGCACAGCUGAGGGCCUGAAGGCUGUCUUGCUCCUACAAGAGAAGUGUCCCUGUAUUGCUGAACGCAUCCCUCAAGAACGGCUCUGUGAUGCCGUGGCUGUGUUACUGAACAUGAGGAAUCCUGAUGGAGGGUUUGCCACCUAUGAGACUACACGUGGGGGGCGCUUGCUGGAAUUGCUUAAUCCCUCGGAGGUCUUUGGGGACAUCAUGAUCGACUAUACAUAUGUGGAGUGCACCUCAGCAGUGAUGCAGGCACUGAAGUGUUUCCACAAGAAUUACCCAGACCACAGGGCGGCAGAGAUCAAGGAGACCCUGGAGCAGGGCCUGGCAUUUUGCCGGAAGAAGCAGCGGGCUGAUGGCUCCUGGGAGGGCUCUUGGGGCGUUUGUUUUACAUAUGGUACCUGGUUUGGCCUGGAAGCUUUUGCCUGCAUGGGACACACCUACAAAAAUGGGACUGCUUGUGCAGAGGUCUCCAAGGCCUGCAACUUCCUGCUGUCCCAGCAGAUGGCGGAUGGAGGCUGGGGGGAGGACUUUGAGUCUUGUAAGCAGCGGUGUUACGUGCAGAGUGCCCAGUCUCAGAUCCACAACACCUGCUGGGCCCUGAUGGGGCUGAUGGCUGUCAGGCAUCCUGAUGUGGAGGCCCAGGAGAGAGGAAUCAGGUGUUUGAUUGAAAAGCAGCUCCCGAAUGGUGACUGGCCCCAGGAGAACACUUCCGGGGUCUUCAACAAGUCCUGCGCUAUCAGCUACACAAGCUACAGGAACAUCUUCCCCAUCUGGGCACUUGGCCGCUUUGCCAAUCUGUACCCUGAGAGAGCCCUGGCUGGUCACCUUUGAGAGCUGCCCACUAAUGGUGGAUGGGUGUUGGGUGUUGGGAGUUGGGUUUCCAAGUUCCAUGUAAGACAGGUGUCUGGGCCACAUGGUGGAACUCCUAUCACCCUGCUGUGGCUUGCAGCUACUCAUCUUCCCCUUCUGUGGGCAGGAGUCUGGGACUAGGCUUGAUUAGGGAUGGGUAUAGUUAACUUUAGUCACUUGAUUAUCGGUAUAGGUUUAGUUCUGAGAAUAAUUGGGGUGAAGAAGGAAACAAGAUGAACCGUGACCCCUGAAGCACAGCAUCUUCUGGAGGAUUUUCUUGACCAGUCACUGUCCUCCGGGGCAGCUGUGGCUGCUGCACUUCUUACCUGGAGUUGUGGAGCAGCCCUGGGACAGGUUCACACUGACCACUGCUCCUGCAUCUUUUGUGUGCUAGGCCAAGGGAUGAACAGCAACCCUAUGAUGCUGGUGGGUGAGGGACCAGCUGGACAUAAGUGGAGAGGGGCCCCUAUUCUUUAUCGAUGUCCCAGAACUUAACAAACUGAGUAUGGGGGAUCCCAGUGUCUUAUGCUCCAGCAUCCUCACAGUUGUCACACAAGGAGGCUGCACGUAGAGGGGAGGGGUGAAGUGGUCACAGUGGUUACCGUAUCCUCUGAGCCUCCUAAGCCAGUCUGGAACCCUGUGACCAGGAGAAUGCCCAGGGCCUUUUAAGGCUCCAGGGCCCCUGCCAGUUGUGUGCUGAGCUGAGGUAAGGGGCAGGUUUCUGGGGUAUUGCCCUUUAGUGUACACCCUGAAUUCUGGCUUUGCCUUUGAAUCACAUGAUGAGCACUUGGAUUCUUGGCCUCCCCAAAGUUGAACUGUUCUACUUGGCUAAUGGCACUUCCUAGCUUCCGCUGGCGUACUGUUUAUUCAGCAAGAAAUCCAAGGACUCAGAGCUGUCUCUCUGAGGCCAUUCCAGAGACUGGGCCACCUUGCUCCUGCCCAGCCUUCUCAGCCCCUUAUGCAACAGCUCUAGCUGUGUCUCAGGUACUACCUGCACUGUUCUUUGCACUGACCUUUCAUACUGCCACCUGCAUCAGGACAGAUCUGCCUCAGUAGUGGUGGUUGUCUCCAGGGACUGUGAGCCUUGACCAGACUACUAUUCAGGACAUUGCGUCAGCUGGGUAUAGGCACAUGCCCAUCGUCCCAGCACUCUAGGAGGCUGAGGCAGAAAGAUUACAAGUUUUGUUGAAACUUAGACUGUGUCUCAAAAAUAAAAACAAAAGGGCUGGGGAUGUAGCUCAUUGUGAAGGCCCUAAGUUCAAUCCCCAGUAUGGAAAAAACAAAAGUGGAUCAAAGAUCUUAAUGUAAAAUGUAAAACUAUAAAAAAUAAAAGGAAACUUAGAUGAC